CCGUUCACAACACGUGUUAUUUAUUUACAGUCCCUCUCUCUCCAGUCGAGGUUGUGUCAGUCCUAUCCGAGGAUGGUCCACUCCGGGAAGAAGCGGAAAACGCCCUCGCAGGCCACUCAGCUGAGCUCAGCCCUGCUACUAGAUGAUGAAACGCCCAUUGGCCCAGACUUGAACUUGGAAGGCCCCCAAGUGAAUGGUUCAAAGUCACCAUCCGAAGCUGAGACCCAAUCGGAUUCCGACGAAUCCAGCGUGUACUCGGAACUAGAAGACGAAGAAGACGAAGAAGACGAAGAAGAUAGCGACGAGGAGGAGGAAGAGAACGAGGACGAUGGUGACGAUCAUGAGGCUAGUGAAUCCGACUCGGCAGCUCAAGAGAUCGCCGAGGAAGGCCGAGCCAGGUCCAAAAAGGCCCCCUCCACUGCCCAGGAGCCCGAGGCCGUCGAGGCCCUCGAGGCCCAGCCCGUUCAGGACGAAUAUGAAUACGACAGCUCGGACGAAGAAGACAUUCGCAACACGAUCGGCAACAUCCCCGUCAAUUGGUACGACGAUUACGACCACAUCGGCUACAAUUUGGACGGUGUGGCCAUUCGCAAGCCCAAACGCGGUGAUGAAUUGGACCACUUUCUGCGUCAAAUGGAGGAUGGCAAUGCCGGAAUCACCGUCCGAGAUCCACUCACCGGCCAAGAUGUGGUCCUGUCUCAAAGCCAGGUGGAGAAGAUCAAGCGAUUGGCUGCAUCCAAAGUGCCGGAACCGGGUUACGACAUGUACGCGGAUGCCAUUCCCUGGUUCAGUAGCCAAGUAAUGGAAACACCCCUCCGGGACCUGCCAGAGGGCAAGAAAUCCUUCUUGCCUUCCCUGACCGAGAAACGCCGAGUGGGACGCAUGGUCCACGCCCUCAAAAUGGGCUGGAUGAAGACCAAAGCCGAGCGUGAGCAGGAAAAACGUGAGGAUCCCACCAAACGCUACUAUAUGCUGUGGCAAUCCGAUGAUCAACCCGAGGACGUGAAACGCAUCACCGACCUCAUUCCCGCGCCCAAGAUGAAACUCCCCGGACACGCCGAGUCCUACAAUCCUCCACCCGAAUAUUUGUUCACCGAACGCGAGAAGAAGACCUGGCAAGACUUGGACGAAGAGCCUUUCAAGCGAAAAUUGCCGUUCAUCCCGGCCAAAUACGAAAGUUUGCGACAAGUCCCGGCCUACCGGAAUUUCAUCAACGAGCGUUUUGAGCGUUGUCUCGACCUCUAUCUGGCCCCUCGGGCUCGUAAAAACCGUCUCACCAUUCAACCCGAGGACCUGGUGCCUCAAUUACCCAAGCCCCAAGACCUCCAACCUUUCCCCACCGUCUGCGCACUCACGUACAAGGGUCAUAAGAACAUGAUUCGGACUCUGAGUAUCGAAGCCACGGGCCAGUUUUUGGCCUCUGGCUCAGACGAUGGCACCGUCAAGAUAUGGGAGGUCCAAACUGGAUAUUGCCUCCAGACCUUCACCAUGCCGGGCGUGAUCAAAUCGGUCAUGUGGUGUCCGAACAAGGCUUUGUCGCUUUUGGCCGUGGCUUGCGAAAAUAUGGUGGUGCUAAUUAGUGCGGGUGUGGGCGAUAAAGUGGUGGUGGAUCAGACCGAAGAGUUAUUGAAGGAAGCCCCCGAUAACACGGGCUAUAUUCCACCUGAGCGCGUAAAAAACGCGGUCGCGUGGUCUUUGCCCGAGAAGAGCGACAAGCUCCCCAAGAGCGCAUUGAUCGUGCUGAAGUUCUUCAAGAACGUCAAGCAGGUCAUUUGGCACGGCAAGGGCGAUUAUUUCGCCACUUUGGUCCAAGAUGGCUUGAACCGAUCCGUGAUUAUCUCUCAGCUCUCCAAAUGGCGUUCACAAAUCCCGUUCUCCAAGGCCAAAGGUUUGGUCCAAUGCGUGUUGUUUCAUCCGAUUCGACCCUAUUUGUUCGUGGCCACCCAAAGACACAUCCGGAUCUACAAUCUGGCCAAGCAGGAGUUGUCCAAGAAGCUCCAAACCGGCGCCAAAUGGAUCUCGAGCAUGGCCAUUCACCCCAAGGGAGAUAACCUGUUGGUGGGGACCUAUGACAAGAAGGUUCAAUGGUUCGAUUUGGACUUGUCCUCCAAACCAUAUCAAGUUCUACGCUAUCACGCUACGGCGGUUCGACAAGUCGCUUAUCACAAACGGUAUCCGUUAUUCGCUUCAGGAGCAGAUGACACGAGUAUCAUUGUCAGUCAUGGCAUGGUGUACAACGACUUGUUGCAAAACCCCACGAUCGUGCCCGUCAAGCUCUUGAGAGGUCAUUCCAAGUACGAUGAUUUUGGCGUAAUGGAAGUGCUUUGGCAUCCAACCCAGCCUUGGUUGCUCUCGGGAGGGGCAGAUGGAUUCAUCAAGCUUUGGACUUGAAUUCAGAGAAUAAAAAUAAAUGUGUUUCAAAUCAUCGA